AUGAAGAAAGCAGUAAGCGCGAGAGAGAUGGCAUUCGUGGGAGGAGGCAUGGGGUCAGCGAAAGUGCAUUGCCACGGACUUUGCGCCGCACCCGAUGGGAAAAGUAGUUCUCGACGUAUGUGGAAUAUUCACCAUGGGAAAUUGUACGAAUAUUGUGAUACGGCAGCCUCAUCGAGACGAUCAUUAGUGGUUUGGAAU